GGAAGAGAAAUUUCCCUCUCUUCUCCGCGGCACACACAUCCCUCUGGUAGUCUGUACCGCACUUAAAUACCGCGCCAUCCCCCGCCUCCGUCAUUCCAUUCCCCUCGGCCCAACAAAAACAAAAAGUCCUUUCUCCUUCCUUCUUCCCCGAAAAUGGCUCGGAAAUCAGCUGGAUCUCCGCCCUCCUCUGUUCUCCUCCUAGCCGCCGUGUCCCUCCUCGCCAUCGUCGCUGCCGAGUCUCCCUACCGCUUCUUCGAUUGGAACGUCACGUACGGCGACAUUUACCCGCUCGGCGUCCGCCAACGAGGGAUCCUGAUCGACGGCGCGUUCCCGGGGCCGGAUAUCCACUGCGUCACCAACGACAAUCUCAUCAUCAAUGUGCACAACAGCUUGAACGAGCCUUUCCUCCUCUCUUGGAAUGGGAUGCAGCAGAGGAGAAACUCAUUCGUGGAUGGUGUCUACGGCACCACGUGUCCCAUCCCGCCGGGCAAGAAUUACACCUACAUUCUCCAAGCCAAGGAUCAGAUUGGCAGCUUCUACUACUUCCCUUCGCUUGCCUUCCACAAGGCCGCUGGUGGGUUCGGCGGGAUCAGAAUCCUCAGCCGUCCCGGGAUUCCGGUGCCUUUCGCUGACCCCGCCGGCGACUACACCAUUCUCAUCGGAGAUUGGUACAAGUCCAAUCACACGGACUUGAGAGCCCGAUUGGAUGGAGGCCACAAGUUGCCUCUGGCAGAUGGCAUCCUCAUCAAUGGUCGUGGAUCUGGCUACGCCCUCACAGUCGAACCAUUGUUUGUUCUUCUUUUACCAGGCAAGACCUACAGGCUCAGGAUAUCCAACGUUGGGCUACAGAAUUCGGUCAACUUCCGCAUCCAAAACCACAAGAUGAAGCUGGUCGAAGUGGAAGGAACGCACACUCUCCAGACAACUUACUCUUCUCUUGACGUCCACCUCGGCCAAUCUUACUCCGUUUUGUUCACCGCCGACCAGCCAGGGCAAGACUAUUACAUCGUGGUGUCUUCCCGAUGGACAACUCCGAUCCUCACCACUACUGGUGUUCUGCACUACAGCAACUCCGCCGGCCCAGUUUCUGGCCCACCUCCCGGUGGCCCGACCGAUCAGGUCGACUGGUCCCUCAACCAGGCCCGCUCCAUCAGGACUAAUCUGACGGCAAGUGGGCCGAGGCCGAACCCACAGGGCUCUUACCACUACGGCAUGAUCAACUUGACGAGGAGCAUCGUUCUAGCCAACUCAGCUGGUCAAGUGAACCGCAAGCAGAGAUACGCCGUCAACAGCGUGUCGUUUAUUCCAGCAGACACUCCUUUGAAGCUUGCAGACUACUUCAAAAUCCAGGGGGUUUUCAAGGAGAACAGCAUCUCCUCUAGGCCCACGGGCGGGGGCAUCUACCUCGACACCUCCGUUCUCACCACUGACUACAGAACGUUCAUCGAGAUCGUGUUCCAGAACAACGAGGAUAUUGUGCAGAGCUGGCAUCUAGAUGGUUACAGCUUCUGGGUCGUUGGCUUGGAUGGCGGGCAGUGGACGACUGCCAGUAGGAACCAGUACAAUCUGAGGGAUGCGGUUUCGAGAUCCACCACACAGGUGUAUCCCAAGUCAUGGACUGCAAUCUACAUUGCUCUAGACAACGUUGGAAUGUGGAACUUGAGGUCAGAGUACUGGGCGAGACAGUACCUCGGUCAGCAGUUCUAUUUGAGGGUUUUCACAACGUCGACUUCACUGAGGGACGAGUACCCAAUCCCCAAGAAUGCACUCCUUUGCGGCAGAGCUGCCGGCCGGCACACACGGCCGAUGUAAAGAAAAAAAACACGAUCCAGAGGUUCUGGUAAUUUAUUGUCGGGGGUGAAAGUUGGGAUUUGAGGCAGAUCGAGAUUGAGUAAAGAGUAGGGAGUGUGGAUUGUACCAUUUGUGAAAUUGAUAUAACGAGACCUCAGCUCGAGGUCACAUUGUUGAUUCUUUUUUUUAACUGGUGUUGUGGCCUAUGAGGGUGGGUGGAUAAAUGAUUGUUUGUAAGCUUGUAAAACUUUUUAUUGAUAUAUAGGCUCAUCUUAAGUUGUUACUUCAGCGUUGGUUUCAGUUUUAAUCUAUAGAUUCAACUUCAUUUAUAUGUUACUUUCGAGUUCAACAAUCAAAAUGUCAUUACUUUUGUUGUAAGUUAGCAAUUUUUUUACUAUUCCUUAAAGUCAC